GAAUAUGUGGCCGAUGAAGGGCUGGACGGCUUUUGGCUUUUCCUCGACCGUCUGAAACCGAUUGUCACCGCACAAACCUGGCCCGAAAAAUAUCGCGUUUCCAGCGCCAACGAACUUGGGUUAGAUGCCCAGUCUUAUCUGCAACUAGAAGACGCUAUGAUUAGUUCUUUACGUUCCUCCGAGAACAGCAAUAAUCAAACCAAUGUCGAGCUGCAUAGACAAUUGAUUCGUCUGUUUAUCUCCUCACGGACUUAUUCUCCUGCAGUUGAAAUGUCUCAUCAAGUAGCAUUAACAACGGCCAGUCAGUUGUUUAAUUGCUCUCACAAUGACGCGGCACGACGUCUGUCAGAAUGCACAACUGGAACCACCUGGGCCCAGGUUGGUCACCAAAUAAUUUGUCACUUGGCUGAAUUACCGAUGGCUGUUCGAGCUCGAUCCGUACAGCUCAUCGACUUUGGUUUCCUACCACGAGAAAAGAUCUACCCUCCGAUGAUCGAAGAAACCCAGUCAAAAAGACCCUGUGUUAUUCUGUACGGUUCGUUGGAUCAGCCCGACUUCUACGAGUGGCAUUCUCAGGCAAAAGCAUCCGCAGAUGAGAACAAGUGUGCCUAUAUUUUUCGACAUUAUCUGAAGAUUCGACCUGAGGGUAAGGUUCGUCUCGGUGGUUACGGGGUGGAAUUAGCUUUGAAAAGCACGGAGUACAAAGCCAUGGAUGAUACCAAAGUUGAUGAAGGAGACGCUGCGGCGGACGAUUCAGCUGAUGCACACAUGGACCCGGUUGUUCAGGGUUUCAAUUUCACUGUCCUAAAUCAACUACAUCCGGAUUUGAAGGAACAAUUACAGGCGUUCCAGAAACAUCUAUUUGCCACGGACGAUGAAAUCCGACCGCUAAAAGUGUGGCAAUUCCGAGAACUGGGACUUCAGGCCACACAGGCCGUAAUGAACGCAUUCCGAUUGGGCAAGGACGAUUCGGAUAACUCCUCGAACGGGCUAAAUAUCGGUCUGGAAACUCUGCGCGACGUGUCGCAAUAUUUGCCAGCACGGGCCGGGCGUCUCGUUUCGUUGAAGGUGGAUCCAGCUUUACGUGAGGAAUUGGCCACUAACCAGUAUGUGUUGAAUAAUUUGGGAAUUCAGCCUGGACAAACUAUGUUUUUUAUCAACGGUCUGGUGAUCUCUCCCUCGGUGGAUAUUUUCGCUCUGUUGGACCUUCUUCGUCGUGAAUCGCGUCUGAUGAUGCAGUUGUACGAGUUGGGCAUACCUGCCAAUCAAGUCGCAGAGCUGUUGAGCGCCUCAUCCAACGGUGCACAAUCGCUAAGCGGGAACUCCAAUGAUCCCGGUGUGCCGGGAUUGAAGUACAGCCUGUCGGGAAAAUUCGCUUUGGACUUGGCCAAUGCACCGGUUAUAUAUUUCAACAACUUAGAACUGGAUCUGGCAUACAGUCACUGGCCUGACUCGUUACAUGCACUAUUUACCUUGGACUUCUCGGGCGGUAUUCGUCGAUUACGGCGAAAUUUGUACAAUGUGAUUUUGGUGGUGGAUCCAGCAGCGGAUAACUGUCGUCAAAUGAUCCGUUUGGUUGAAUCGUUUCUCAUUCACAAAACUUCAAUACGUGUGGCGUUAGUGCGCGCGUUUUCCUACAUCACCUCUACCGUUUCGAAUGCUCGCGAAUCCCCACUCCCACUCGGUGUCCCGAAUCUGGGUCAUCCGGGUGCAAUGAGUGCUCUAUCGUUCCUCACUGAAUUGUACUCACAGAUAGAGAAAACAAAUGAACCGCUGACAGCCGCUUUGGUUCAACGCACAUUCGAACGUCUUUUCCCGUCCGCACACACCGAGGAUAUUUUCGCGGACCAACUUGGCGAAGGUGAUUAUGACAGCCAAUUGAAGAAACAUGAGGAAUUCAUGCAACGAUCCGGUUUGAAAGGUCUUGGAAGGACUCCGUUGUUGCUGUUCAAUGGUUUGGUAUUCGAUACGGUCGGUAUGCGUCAAAUGGGCGGAUUCGAGGACUCCGUGGUCACUCUGUGUAUGGAAGAAAUGAUCCGGAUCCAGCACGCGGUUUAUCACGGUCAAAUGUCCAACGCGGACAAUGUUUUCUUGUUGUAUCGGAAGAGCAAUUCUCAAGUGGCUCGAUUCAACGCUCGCAUCCUGUCCACCCGUCCAGCAGAUGCGAAAUAUUUGAACGUGUUGGGUUCAACCGCGGCUUCUUCAGUACAAGGUAUGCAAUAG